CACAAUUCAAAUUAAGUUCAAAAUCACAGUAAUUCGCAUACAGAAAUUAGGAAAAUUAGGUUGGGCAUUGGGCUUUUAGAUUUGGACAUUUAGCUGGGCCUUGAAGAUUAGACCUAAAAAAUGUUUUUUUUAAAAUAAACGGGUGAUGGAUCGGAUUAACGGGUCGGGUGAUGGAUGAAAAUUGUCCACCCGAACCCGAUCCGUCACCCACAUCCGUUAAUCCGUCACCCGUUCACCAUCCGUUUAAAGCGGAUUUUUCACCCGUACAUUAAAACGGAUGGACCGAGUGACCGGGUGGUCCACUACAUAUUGCCAUCUCUACCUACGUUACAAUAACAUAACAAAAAAAAAAAAUAACUCUCUCUUAACUGAUUUGAAGUCAUUUCUUAAUCUCUUCUUUUAAACACACUCCAUUGUUGUUGUUUUGACUUUGUCAUCACUAAAAAUUUUGAUGGCAGAAGAUGGAAAUGAUGGUGAUUGCACAAGAUUUCAGGAAAUGACUUACUGGACAAAUUUCAAGUCCUUUCGUUUCUUCGUCUUUCUUCCUGCAGAUUUUCUUUCCCAAAUUAUGAUCCCGAAGAUUUUUUCUGAGAAGCUGAAGGACAUAUUACCUCAAAUGGCUGUCCUCAAAAGUCCCGGAGGUGCUACAUGGGAUGUACAGCUUGUGAGAAACAAUGAAACCCUUUACUUCAGAGAGGGAUGGAAAGAGUUUGCGGAAGCUCAUAAUUUUAAAGAGAACGACUUGCUUAUCUUCAAGUACGAACGGGAUUCCUGCUUCAACGUUUGGGUGUUCGACAGCAGAAGCUUGUGUGAGAAAGCUGGUUCAUACUUUGUCUGGAAAUCUGCUUCUAGAAAAAAUGAGGCAGGUGAAAAUUCCCAGUUAAAGAGAAAAAAACACACAGGAGAUUCUGUCGAUGCUGCUGUCCAUAAUGAGAAUCCAGAGCUUGAAGGUUCGGAUUCCGAGUUGGACCCUGCAGGAGCCUCAAUGAAGAAGAGUCGCAGAAAAACUAUGUGUGGCUUGAGGACUAGUGAUGCUGAAGCAAGUACACCUUACACUGAUAAAAGUCCCCCAAGUGCAGCAGAGAAAGAGAGACCUGUGCCAAUAGCGGAUCGAGAAUUGACAAAAGAGAGCUUUAAAGUGGUCAUGAAAAAUAAUAAUGUUUCCAAUUAUUAUCGCUUGAGUAUUCCUGCACCAUGGUCAAGGGAGUAUCUUGCUCCAAAAAACCAGGAUGUGGAGCUCCGUACAGAUGACAAAAAGUGGACCGCGAGGUUUAAUCUUGAGCCUCGGUGUGGAGGUGGAGUGCUUGUUUCUGGGUGGAGCAAGUUUGUUAAGGACAAUUCGUUGAAAGAAUUUGAUGUGUGCGUGUUUCAGCUUGUAAGCCAGAAGGAUGAGCCUGCUAUCUUUGACGUCCUAAUAUCUCGCGCUACUCCACAAGUAGCCAAUCAACCUUCUAGCAAACCAUCUUCUGUUUGAUACCAGGGUCGAUAAUAUAGAUCAGGUUAACCCUUUCUGUGUUUAGUUCCACUCCUUGAUGAAGUUUUACUUUUACUACUAAAGCUUGUUACGGCUUUUAAAUCAAAACCUAUGUAUAUUUCACUACUAUUUUUGGGCAACAUGUAAACUGACAGACAACUAGCUCACUUUCAUGGCCUUGUUAAUUAGUAACCUGAUUGGGGCACCUAGACUGCAAUACUGGAAUUUUGAGUUCGCUCAAGUGACACUCAGUCAGAUUGAAGUGAAUCAAAAGAAUUAAAAGAACGUCUUCCCUUUUCUAUUGGCUUAGAGUUCCAUGUAAUCACC